AGUUCAUGAAUGAACUGAAAAAUGCUCUCUAGAUGAAUUGGUGAAGUUCAUGAAUGAGAGAAGUUAACCACUGGAACAGUUUUCAGUUGCAUCGGAAGCACAAUUUUUCUCUCAUUCAUGGACUUACCUAAUUCAUCCUCUGACCAAGAAAUUCUCCGGCCGCCACCAUUAUCAACACUCACUUCCUCUUCAGCCUCGCAAACGCCGCCGCUCCCUCCUCAUUCUGCCUCACCGGAUCCCCCUACUUCCUUUUCUCCUUCAUCGCCGUCGCAGCCGCAAUCCGUUCCUUGCCUUUCCAACAAUGUCGUCGUCGUCGGUUUCAUUGGUAGGAGACCUAAUAAUUCGAUUCAACUCAUCAAUCGGAUUAUUGAUCACAACGUUUUUGGAUCCGGUAAAUUGGAUACAAAAUUGGUUGUCGCGAAAGAGGAAGUUGAACAAUGGUUCAAGCGGCGACGAAUUAGUUACUAUCACGAGGAGGAAAGGGGGAUUCUGUUUUUGCAGUUUUCUUCCCACAGAGGCUCCGUGUUCGAGGCGAAAACCGAUUAUGAUUCGGAGAUUCAAGAACAUGAGUUUGGUGAUCUUCAGGGAAUGCUUUUUAUGUUCUCUGUUUGUCAUAUAAUCAUAUAUAUUCAGGAGGGAUCGUGGUUUGAUACUAAUGUUUUGAAAAAAUUAAGAACAUUACAGUCUGCUAAGUAUGCAUUGGUAAAAUCACGACCUAAACCUCCAUUGCCGUCUAGGCUGCGUUCUUCAUCUGCUUCAUAUUCCUCAUUGUUUCCUGGACGGUGUACACCAGUGAUACUCUUUAUUUUCAUUGAUGACUUCUCAGAUGGCCUCAUUUCUAAUUUCAGCAAGAAAUUGCAGUCAUCUCUUGAAGCACAAAUUCGCUUUCUAAUCAAGAAUUUUUGGAGGCUUAAUGGUUCUAGAGGUGGAAGGGCCUCAAGUUAUGCAUCUUUGUUUUCACUUGAUGCAUUAAAAGCUGUUGUUCUUGUGGACAGGAUUGCAAAUAGAACAGCUGAAUCUCUAGAGUUUGCCAUUAGCCUUAUGGAAGAUGUUUCAGAUUCUCUUCUGCUUGAAAGCCAUGGUGAAAGUGCUAGCGAAGAGGAUUUAGUGUCUCUAAAGGAGUUUAUUUCUCGGCAGGCUGACAUUCUAAGGGGUGGAGCCUUUACUACUCAUGAUGAACUUCCAAGUAUGGAGAUUUGGUUAUCUUCAAGCCAACGAAUUCUCCAGGGGAUUCUCUCUGCAAAAUGUGGUUGCAUAGAUAAACUGGAAACCAGAAAACGAAAACCACGUCCUUGGUACGUUCCAUCGGUAUCGAUCGAGAGAAAUGCUUUAGGUAUCGCCGUAUCUAGGUUUUCAACUUCAUGGUGUGAAAGAGUAUUACCAGGUGCUAAGGAGGUUUAUCUAAGAGAUUUACCUGCAUGCUACUUCAAAUCACAGCAUGAAGCCCACAUGGAGAAGGCUGUGCUUGCUUUACAUUCAAUGGUUAAGGGGCCUGCGGUGCAACAUUUUGCAGAAAGGUUGAAGGAAGAAUGCAAAUCCAUUUGGACGUCAGGGAGGCAGCUAUGUGAUGCUGUUAGUCUGACUGGAAAACCAUGUCUGCAUCAGAGACAUAGCUCGGAGGAUCAUUCAAGUGCAUAUGUUUUCCGACAUGCUUGUGGUUGCGGCCGUUCACGGCGACUACGAACCGACCCUUUUGAUUUUGAAUCGGCGAAUGUUACUUUCAAUCGUUUUGCUGGCUGUGACAAUUUUCUUGCAGUUGUCCAGUUACCAGGAGUAAGCAUAAGAGGACAUAUUCAGUUAUCAUCAUGGACUUUGAUUCGAGUUGGUGGUGCAAAGUACUAUGAAGCUUCAAAAGGUUUGCUUCAGAGUGGAUUUUAUCCUACUCAAAGGUUCUUAUCCAAAUGGAAAAUUAGUGCACAAAUGAGGGAGAGUCCAAUAGAUUUUAGCAUGAAUGCCCUCAUGGGCACUGUUUCUAUUGGCUUUGAGCAUGAAUGCCCUCAUGGGCACCGUUUCCUACUGAAUCCUGACCAUCUUAAGGAGCUUGGAUCGUCUUAUGCUGCAUGCAAUGUGACUGAUCCUCUCAAAUAUGGUAAACGUGGUCGUCAUGGUAAAGCUCGUGAUAGUGUUAAUGCAGCAAAUGCCACCAUUCCAAGUAAGUCAAACUGCAUAAGAAGGAUGAUAGCAAAUGGGAUUGAGGACAAUGGAUGUGGUUUGUUCAUGCUGAAUCGAGACCUACCAAUUUUCAUGAACUGCCCACAUUGCAAGCUCUCAAAGAAUGGGAAAGAUCCCCCAAAUGUUAAGAUCUGUGGCACAAUAUCUCAACUUCAAAGGAUUUUCAUGGUGACGCCUCCCUUUCCAAUAGUGUUGGGUAUACAUCCAGUGAUACACUUUGAGGAGUUGGGGUUGCCCCAUUCUGUUCCUGGACGGCAGCAGAAACUGCAGUUCACAUUUGGAAGUCAAGUGGUGUUGCCUCCUGAGAGCUUCCUGACACUCAGGCUUCCAUUUGUUUAUGGUGUGCAACUUGAGGAUGGAAGUCUUCACCCUCUGAACCCUCUCCAACAUCAACCUGAAGCGACUGCAUGGAUAAUUGGGGGCACAACGUUAGAAAUCCUGUCAAAGCCUGGCUGUCUGGAUCAGGGAUCUCAAACAUAAUCAAAAUCUUAAAACAUUGGAAACUUGAUCUGUAUGAAGGGUUUCAAUCAUUCAACCAAAAAGAUGUUUCUAAGGCUGAAUCAUUCCCCAAUGCUGCUGCUGCUUCCUCCAAAACUCCCCCAUGCUGCACAAGAUUAAACAAAACAAGUCGGAAUAUGUUCUUAUGAAGUGUUCUCAUUUAGUU